GCUGGAAGAACGACGAGAAAAUGGCUGAGUGACAUGUACGGAAAGAGACCGAAUGUUUUUUUCACAUGCGUCAGAAGUGCAGAAAAUUAACUUGGAGCUUAACAUCAUUCCAGGAGGCUUGACGAAGGAACUCCAACCGCUGGACAUCGGUGUAAACACGGCGUUUAAAUUGAAGUUGCGAGCAGCGUGGGAGCGAUAGAUGACAGCUAGCGAACACAGCUUCACUAACACUGGGAGGCAGCGCCAUGCGAGUUUCGCCACUAUUUGUGAAUGGAUGUAAACACGGCGUUUAAAGUGGAAUUGCGAGCGAUGAAUGACAGCUAGCGAACACAGCUUCACUAAUGGAUUGUGGAUGCUUGGGCUAACGUGUCUGACGCACAGUUCGAGCUUUCACAAAAGCCAGCAUCAUUUCCGAGGCGCCGCACGGCAACGAGACUGACUGACAAUGACGACAGGGAGCCUGGCGUGUUUGAUGGAGAACUUUCCCCGCUGUUCAUUUGGGAUACAAAAGGGGGGGGCUUUGAUGGAUUUGUGGCUGAGGAUUGCCAAAAAAUAACUUUCUCUUCAAGGUGCAAAUGAAAAGAGACUAUAUCGUGACCUGAUGGUUAACUACAAUCCACUAGUGAGACCAGUCCUCAAUGAGUCUGAGUCUCUCAUGGUCAAACUUGGCUUCCACCUCAUGCAGAUCGUGGAUGUGGAUGAGAAGAACCAAGUGUUGACGACCAAUGUCUGGUUUCAAAUGUCAUGGAAUGACUACCAGCUGCUGUGGAACACAUCUGACUAUAACGGGGUGUCCACUGUGAGAUUUCCUGAUCAUCUUCUUUGGAAGCCAGACAUUCUCCUUUAUAACAGUGCAGAUGAAAAAUUUGAUGCCACCUACCACACCAACGUUUUGGUGAACCAGUCCGGAGGCUGUUUAUUCUUACCUCCAGCAAUCUUUAAGAGCACCUGCUAUAUAGACGUCCGCUGGUUCCCCUUUGACAUCCAGAAAUGUGACCUCAAAUUUGGCUCCUGGACUUAUGGGGGCUGGUCUGUGGACUUGACGAUGUUAGAGGCAGACAUCAGUAAUUACAUCGCUAAUGUCGAGUGGGACCUUGUUGUGGUUUCAGGAAAGAAGAAUGAUCGCAUUUAUGAAUGCUGCCCGGAGCCCUAUCCCGACGUCACAUAUACCAUAGUGAUACGCAGACGGACCCUCUAUUACGGUCUCAAUCUGCUCCUCCCCUGUGUCCUGAUCUCCAUUUUGGCCUUGCUUGUGUUCCUGCUGCCUGCUGACUCUGGAGAGAAGAUAUCACUUGGGAUCACAGUACUGCUCUCCCUUAUUGUCUUCAUGCUGCUAGUUGCAGAGAUUAUGCCCGCCACAUCAGACUCAGUGCCUGUUAUAGCCCAGUACUUCGUCACCACUAUGGUCAUUGUUGCAGUCUCCAUAAUCGCCACAGUUGUGGUCUUACAAUUUCACCACCACGACCCCGAUGGAGCUAAGAUGCCCAAGUGGGUACGUGUCCUCCUCCUGAAUUGGUGCGCCCGGUUUCUAUUCAUGAAGCGUUCAGGUGUGGACAAAAAUAUUCCACGGUGCAAUCUGCCCGGCAUGGACCCCAUUGGACCACAAUUAUCCACCAAUGGUAAAGAUGAGGUUUUCCUCGCCAAAGGUCAGAGCUCCACAGUCGGCAGCACCGAACCAGAGCUUGUCAAGAUCCUUGAAGAAGUGCGCUAUAUUGCCAAGCACUUCCACGACCAAGAUGUGGGAAAGACAACAUGUAAUGAUUGGAAAUUUGCUUCGGCUGUCAUUGACCGUCUUUGUUUCAUGAUUUUCUCGCUAGUCAUUAUCGUGUGCACCUUUGGGAUUCUUAUGUCAGCACCAAACUUUGCUGAGGCCAUAUCCAAAGAUGUUUUCUCUUGAGAACUUGGGCAGAAAAUAGAAACUACAGUGGAGGCAAAUAUUUACAUAAUUUAUCUUCAAAACAGUACACAGUAGUGUAUUAUGUAGUCUGUUAUGUAUGAGACUCAUGUAUCACCAAAUAAUACACCUUGAAGUGACGUUGCAUGCAUUCAAAUAUAUACAUUUGGUUUUGGUAACUAACCAUUGCUUUUUAAAUAAAAAAAAUCAUUGUAAGCCGCCUUACUUUUAUUAUUUUUUAAUGAAUAUGUUAACUGAUUAAAUUAAAGCAUUGCUCAAUAUAUUGUAAUUUUAUCACCAACAAUAAUGUUAAUGUUUGUUAUGUUAAAUAUGUAUCACUGUUUUAUGUAAAUAAUUUUCUCAUAAAACUGCAUCCAUCCACUGUA